AUGGAGCUGUCCGCAAUCGCUCUCUUGCUCGUGUCAUGGACCUGGACUUGCCUCUGCUUGGCCCCUGAAAAGUCCAAGAAUCCUCUGUACGGCUUCCUCCUCCCAGAUGCGGCAGCUCUGAAACAGAUCUUCUCGUCGAUUUCAAUCAACCUUGCACCUGGCUUGUAUGAGGUUCUCAAGUCUUCUACUCCGCCCACUCUGCAGUUCUUCAAGGAUCUCCCCAAGGACUCUUUAUCUCUCAGGAAGAUCUGGGCUAUCUAUGCACUUACUCUGGAGAAGAUUGGCUCAAAGCCAAAACUGUACAUUGGCUCAGCGACCAAUACUGCUGGUGGAGUUCGUGCGCGCUUUCUCAACUACGACAAAGACAACAGCGUAUCUAUGUCCAUUCGCAGAGCUCUCGCGGAAGGGUACAUUAUAAGUCAUCAAGGCUGCUUGUGCUGGACUCCGAUCCCCGGAGCAGUCUCACAAUCAAUUGUCAGAACUCUCUUCAUCGCUCUGGAAGCUCUAUUCUGCUUGGUGUUCUGGGCUCUGAAGUCAAAGAAGAACUACGGAGAUGUUUACAAGUUGUGUCCAUGGGAUCGUGAAUCUCUGAGCUGGGACGGGCUAUGUUCGCAUAUAUGUCUUGAUGAAAGCAUUCCUGGCUAUCAUGACCUCACUGCUGAAGAACUGGAAGCCAAAGAGGUCGAACUUGUCCAGAGACAAAAGCAGCUCAAGAAAGAGUCAUACGAGAGAAUCAAUUCUGCGGAUCCCGAGGCAUGGAGACUCCACGUUAAUGCAAACGCCAAAGAUUGGAGAGAGAAGAAUCCUGAGAAAGCCAGUGCCAGCUCGAAUAAGUCCCAUAAGAAGAAGGGAGCUGAGGCGAAGCGUCUCAAGUCGUAUGUUUGCGAGCUUUGUGACAAAAUCUACGGAAAGGAGUCCAGUCUUACGAUACACCUCGCUGGCUCAAGGCACGCUGCCAAGGUAGCACUCGGAGGUCUUGUCAAGAACACUCGGAAGAGACCUGCCAGAACAAGGCAUAUCUUGAGAAGAAGCUCUAUUGCGACUUGCGAAGGCACAAACUCUCUCUCUGCCACAGGAAUGGGCACUAUUUGCAACAUGGGAGCAGAAAUUGGAGCUACCACGUCUCUCUUUCCUUUCAACGACCGCAUGUACGAGUACCUCGCAGCUACGAAGAGAAAGAACAUUGGCGACUUUGCCCGUACUUAUGCAAAGGAACUCCGCGAGGAUAACGGCGCUGAGUAUGAUGAAUUGAUUGAGAUCAACCUUUCCGAGCUCGAGCCACACAUCAACGGCCCUUUCACUCCCGAUCUCGCAACCCCCAUUUCUAAGUUCAGCGAAGCUGUCAAAUCUAACAAUUGGCCCGAAGAACUCAAGGUCGGCUUGAUCGGAUCCUGCACCAAUUCUUCCUAUGAAGAUAUGUCUCGCGGAGCUUCCAUUGCCCGGGAUGCCCUUGACCAUGGUAUCAAGGCGAAGUCCCUCUUCACUGUCACACCUGGCUCGGAACAGAUUCGCGCAACCAUCCAGCGUGAUGGACAACUGCAGACUUUUGAGGAAUUCGGGGGUGUUGUAUUGGCGAAUGCGUGUGGACCUUGCAUUGGUCAAUGGGACCGUAAAGAUGUCAAGAAGGGCGAGGCAAACUCCAUCAUCUCUUCUUACAACCGAAACUUCACAGGUCGUAACGAUGCCAACCCCGCCACUCACUCCUUCGUUGCAUCUCCAGAUCUUGUCGUGGCUAUGACCAUUGCAGGGAGCUUGCACUUUAACCCUCUCACAGAUAAACUCAAGGACAAGGAUGGAAAUGAGUUCCUGCUGUCCCCCCCAUCAGGUGCUAGUCUGCCAUCAAGAGGGUAUGACCCAGGACAGGACACCUACCAAGCCCCUCCUGCGAAGCGCGACGCUGUUAGCGUCGCCGUUUCUCCCACCAGCGACAGACUUCAACUUCUUGAACCAUUUACAGCAUGGGAUGGCAAGGAUUUUACCGACAUUCCCAUUCUGAUCAAGUGUCAAGGAAAGACUACUACCGAUCACAUCUCUAUGGCCGGCCCUUGGCUGAAGUACCGUGGACACCUCGACAAUAUUUCAAAUAACAUGUUGAUUGGUGCCACAAACGCCGCCAACGGUGAGGCGAACAAAGUCCAGAAUUUCACUACUGGCGAAUUUGAUGCUGUUCCUGCCACUGCCAGAGACUACAAGAAGAAGGGCAUCCCGUGGGUCGUCAUUGGUGACUGGAACUACGGAGAAGGAAGUUCGAGAGAACAUGCUGCGCUCGAACCAAGACAUCUGGGAGGUAUUGCCAUUAUCGUCCGUUCCUUCGCCCGUAUUCAUGAGACCAACUUGAAGAAGCAAGGUAUGCUUCCAUUGACUUUCAUUGACCCCGCGGACUACGACAAGGUUCAGCCAUACGACAAGGUUGAUUUGCUCGCUACCGAGCUCGAGGUUGGCAAGCCAAUGACUCUCAGAGUACACCCAAAGGAUGGGGAGGCCUUUGACAUCAAGUUGGCUCACACUUUCAACGCCCCACAAAUUGAGUGGUUCAAGAACGGCUCGGCUUUGAACACGAUGGCAAAGGCCCAUGCGUCGUAA